CACUUCUUCCGCAGAGCGCAUUGGGCCUCUCCAUGGCUCGGCUGUCAUCUCCACCACAUGGAGCAAUCAAGUAAUUUGUUGGUGUUUGUUUUAGUUGUCGUCUAGCAAACUAUCUUUAUUAGUGUAUUUGUAGUGGAUUGACCCCAAUCUGCGCCGCUACAAGCACAUCUCUGCCAAUCCUCAAGCUGGAGGAAGAGUGAAUGGCGAGUGUCACAAUAUUGGUGCGGUGGCUUGAGAUUUUUCUGCGCCAAGAGUUUGUACUGGAUCAGCGUAGAUUUCUACGAGCUGGCUAAAAAUAUUUUGCUCGGAGAAGGACUGUUGACAACUUCGACUACUAGUAGUACACUCCACCUCUCCUCUCCCACUUGGACUAUUGGUAGGGUAGUAUCACUGUUGGCAACACUUUCAUGAAACUAAAAAGAGACGAACAAUGACAAGUUUAGCAGCAGCAGCAGCACCAAGUGGACCUCCGCCCAUACCACCGUCACCACACAACGCCAGUGCAAUGACGACGACGAGUCGACCGCCACCUCCUUCCGUGUCUUCCCCCAAUUCUCGGCUCUCCUCCUAUCUCAAAAUGACGGCACAAGAUGUCGAUCGAAUGACAGAGGCGAGUCGAGCAUUACAAGCUAGUUUGCUACAAGUCCCCAUUCCGGAUCAUCUACAAACACCACAAGACAAUGACGCUGACAAUCGCUGCCACACGCACUUGGACGCCACCAGUGAGUCGGUGCACAAACUCAUUGACCAAAAGGGAGGAGCACUGGGUCUUCACAGCAUGCUAGUAACAGCAUCACAACAAUGCCAGAAUUCCAUUGUAGAGUCCUUUCUCUCUCGCAUGAUGGCAUCGGGGCUGACGGAAGCAGAAGCCAAGGCGGGUCUAGUCAUCUUUCAUGAAAUGGACAAGAGCUCCAAACUAAAGCUAUUUUUUGAAAUACUGGCGGCCUCUCGGGACACGGAGUCUGCAGAGUCUGCUGCCAAUACUACAACAGAGGAUGACACUACCACAAUGGACACUACUACUAGUGCUAGUGAUGCCAAACCUCCACAACAAUACCCACCAGAUGAUCACAGCAAAGAAAACGCAUUGCCCAACAACAAUGACGCACCAGCCGCCAAGGGCACACCCGACAAGCGGGCCAUCAGUAUACCUCGCCUCGAUCGAGAUGGGGCCACCAGUCUCUUUCUGACCAUCCUGACGGCAAUAUCCUGCUGUGUCCACAGCAAGGAGGACGAUGACACGGCUCUGAAACCAGUAGUCACGCAAGAUGAAGACAUUUCCAGCAAGGAUUCCUUUGAUAAUCCACCCAAGGAAAUGACCAAGACGGGAGAAACUGAAUUGGACGGCACCCCCAAGGCACCGCCGCUGCCCACGCAUCAUCAUCAUCAUCCUGUCGUUGUGGGCCUAUCCGAACAGCUCCAGAAAGAAAUCGGACAACAGGCCAGGGAAGCCUCCAAUCAACUGAUCGAGUUCACAUCCAAACAACAACAAAAGCUGCAAAUGUCCUUUGACAAUUUUGGGGAAUGGUACAAUUGCGGUGGUUGUACGGUAGUUCCCUGGCUGGAACUACUUCAUCUUUCCAAGUGGAGGAUAAAUAAUAACAAUAACAACCAUGCAGCAGCAGCACAAGUGGUCCCACCACCGUCCGCAUUGGCUUUGUCUCGAAAGUUCCCUCCCAAGUCCUCCAAAAAACCAUACGGAUCUCUCUCGUCGAUGCUCCGGGAAGAUGAAGAAGCCAUGCAGCGCAUGACGAAUGGAUCCAGUGCGGCACAUCAUCAGUACCCUCAUUCCCGAACCGUGGUGACAUUUGACUUUUCGGCGUCGGUGGACAGUGGUGCCGCGACGUGUGCGCAACCCUUGUGCAUCAGCAUUUCCGAAGAAAGCCUGACUGUGUUGCGAUCGCUCGUGUACAAGUCGGGUCUCAUUUACAGAUCCGCCGCAGAAGUCUGCAAAACCAUUAUGCGCUCGGCUCACAAACGCUUGUGGGACGGUCGGCCGUUGGUUACAUUGCGUCGAGAUGAUUUCCGCCAGAUUGUCCGGUCGUUGCUGACGCCUCAAAGAUCGGCCAAUCGGACUCCGUCACACUUUUCCGCGUCGGACGCGGAGAACUUUGGAAUGGUCUUGGAAGACUUUUUUGCGUGCUACGAGGGGAACUUUCAUCAGUCGACGACGAGCUAUCAUCCACUCAGUCAUGAUGAGGUCAAUGCCAAAGAGUUGGCGGUUGGCUUCUGUUUGCUUUGUGCUGGAAACAAGUCUACCAAGCUAGCGACUGGUUUUGAGCUGCUCGACGAUGCAAGAGUGGGGUUCUUGACACAGCAGCAGCUCAUGCGAUUCUUGCGAGCCUAUCUUACAAUGAUGGUCGGGACGUCUCUUUUGAGGGAGAGCCAUGCACGCAAGAGGACACCGCUGCAACAUGACCGCAAGGAAGAAAUGAGAGCUGCAGUGGAAAAUGGUGCACUCUGGACACUUCGCCACUUUCUCAAAAAGACACGAGAGAAACAUCCCGAGGCCCACGUCAAGGACGCCUACACAUUUGGGCUCUUUGCGGAGUGGUACAGUCAAGGUGGAUACAACGUGGCGCCGUGGUUGGAGCUGCUGGAUCUCAACAAGAUGGUCUCUCUGCUUGGAGAACCAGGAAGCUUCUCUGCCAUGCCACAGACCCAGCAACGUCCCAACAGUCAUUCCUCCGUUCGGGAGUGCAGGUCGUCGCAUCGUCGUCAGCAUCACAACCGCACGGCGGCACCACCCGUGCAAGUACUGUUUACGUUUCCAUUGGCGAACCAACGCUCUUUGAUUGUCCUCCGCGAAGACGCGGUCUAUGUACGGGGUGUAGUGGAACAGCUGGGUGUUCUGUCACUCUCCGCUCCUGAUAUUUGGAGCACACUGAUCAACGAGGUCAAGAAACGGCCAGAGCUGACUAGGGGAAUAAAGCCAAGGCCAAAGAAGGGCUCCGAGCCCGAGAAAAACACUCUGAUUGACUCAAGAAGCUUUGUGGAAAUGAUGGAAGUGGUCCUGCAGUCUGCAGUUGGUUCCAGUCGCAAGAGGGCAGCGACAGGAACUUCCAAGCUUUCAUCAUCAGUCCAAGAGCUUCUUUCGAAUCUCUUCCACAGCUAUGACUUGAAGCAAACGAACAUGGUCGCUUUGAAUGAACUCAUGGGUGGCCUUGCGCUGCUGUGCGGUGGGAAGAAGAGCACCAAACUGGCGUUUGCCUUUGGUGUUUUCGAUGGACGACAAAAGCCCAAGGCUCGCAAGGUCAAAAACCACAAACCGUCGCUCAAGGAUCAGUCACUGGAUACACGCGAGUUGUACCUGUUUCUUCGGUCCUUUUUGAUUGUGCUUUUCUCGUGUUGCUGUCAAACCUUGGAAAUGGCGGAUAACUCGGUCGAUCGCUACAUUGGCGACACGGCCAAUAUGGUUGCCGAUGACGUCAUGCGCUACCAGUGGCACACCAGAAAGAAGGAUCGCAUCGACUUUGACGAGUUUGGGGAAUGGUACAACGAAGGUGGUUUUGAAAUCGCUCCUUGGCUGGAGUUGCUCGAUCUGAAGAAAUGGGUACUCGUCGACAAUUUUGACGCCUUGGACAAUCAAGCCUCUGCACCAUCCACGGCAUCCGCUGACGCGGCGAGAUCGCUCUCUCCAAAGCGUGCCGUCGAAUCCAAGCAGUCUCCAACGUGCCCUCCGCCUCCACCGGAAGAUGUGCUUGACCCGUCGUUCUUUGAAAGUGAUGAUAUCAUGCAGAUGGACAGUAUCGAUGAGAUGGAUAUCAUGCUGAUGCCGUCCCACGACAAAGAUGGUGAUUUGCUUCCCGUCAGCAAGUUCACGUACUCUCCGUCGCAGGAUCGGAUCUUGGAACAGCACCAGUCUGCGGGUGAUGAUACGCAACGCCAACCUUUGAAGUUCCACCUGCUAUCGGAAGAGGACGAGAAGGGCGGCUUUAUGCUGUCCAUCAGUCAAAGACGAAUCCGCCAUUUCCGACAGGUUAUGAUGGACAGCGGUCUUCCAGAUGUUUCUACCGAGACCGUCUGCGCGGCCAUACUGAGUCACGCCUCUCCGAAGGAUGCCAAGGCCAAGAAUGCAUCUCAGUGCAUUACCAAGGAUGACUUUGAUGCCGCUGUACACGAAAUCUUGGGUAUCAAGGAUCAGAGGGCCGGCGCCGAAGACCACAGUUGUCUGUUGGAAGUGCUUUCCUUCAUCUUUUCCGGGUUUGAUCCAGAGGAAUCUGGCAAAGCCGAUGCAUUCCAAGUAGCCUGUGGCUUCACGGUCCUUUGUCGUGGCAAGAAGAGCGACAAGCUGGAAUACGCUUUUGACGUGCUGGAUAAGGAUAAGAAGGGUGAACUCACCAGGAUGGACAUGUUGAACUAUAUGCGGUCGUUCUUGACUGUCCUAUUGGGUAUUGGUUGUUCCCCAUCCUUGGAGACGGACGAGGUGGAAGACUCCUUGACGAGUAUGAGUGGGGAUGAGACAUGUGAUCGCUCUGUUUCUUCGGUUGUGAAAGCGGUUGAUGCCGGAGCCAACUGGGCAGUCUCCCAAGCCUUCAAGCGACGAGAGGGGCUUGGGGAUACAUUAUCCUUUGACGACUUUGCCGCUUGGUAUACAGAUGAAGGACAUCUCAGCAUACCUUGGGUUGAGUUGCUUUCAUUGCGGAAAUGGCUACUCUGAGAAUCGAAUCAUUCAAUCAUCACACCACAUCAUAGAGAUACUUCGGUUUUGCCAUUUCUUGUCCAUGUCGAUCGUGCUGUCUUGUUGGUCCAUCCCACAGUACUGUUAGCUGUAAUCUACUAUCUUCCUAUCCUAGAGGCUCAACUAUAAACGUAAAAUCAUUACUACAACUAACUUUGUAUCUAUCCGGUGUCAGUGCGUUGCUUGAGGUGCUUCCCCAGCUUGUAGCCAACCUGUCAUUGGUCUGUCCAGCCAAGUAGCUGCU